CAUGGAAGGACACGCUGACAGGUAAGGGCGGGGCGUGGGAGAAAUCCUCGGCGGUGGCCUGGACGGAACUAGCGAGGAUGACACAUCGCGGCCCUAUGGAUGCAUUACCUAGGCCAGAGGCACGGGUAUGCGCAAGCGCGAUUUCACUGCGCGGGCCGCCCGCGGCUCGGCGGGGCUGCAGCAGCAGCAACAGCGGCGGCGGCAGCAGCAACAGCGGCAGCGGGGGCAGGGGCUGCAACAGCAGCAGCAUUAGCAGCGGGCCCGCCGUACGACGAGACAGCCGCACCCCGACUGUUUACCGCAGUGUUCCGACCCAGACGCGGCCCGCUUCCCAGAAGGGAUGGACGUUUGACAUUUUUCCCUGGAAAUCAGACUGUGGAUUUACCUUCCAUAAAUUUUAUGAAAAGACGUGGCACUGUCUUUCUCAAUGCCUACACCAAUUCUCCAAUUUGUUGUCCUUCACGUGCAGCUAUGUGGAGUGGUCUUUUCACUCAUAUAACAGAAUCUUGGAAUAACUUCAAAGGUCUAGAUCCAGAUUAUGUAACAUGGAUGGAUCUCAUGGAGAAGCAUGGCUACCAUACGCAGAAGUUUGGGAAAUUGGACUUUACUUCUGGACAUCAUUCAGUAAGUAACCGUGUGGAAGCUUGGACUAGGGAUGUUAACUUCCUGCUCCGACAAGAAGGAAGACCCAUGGUGAAACUUACAGGCCAUAGGAAGCAGUUUAGAGUAAUGGAAAAAGAUUGGCAGAAUACUGAUAAAGCAGUAAAUUGGAUAAAGGAAGAAGCUGUUAACUUUACUCAACCAUUUAUUCUUUACUUGGGACUAAAUUUACCACACCCAUAUCCAUCACCCUAUGCAGGAGAAAGUUUUGGAUCCUCUACAUUUUUAACAUCUCCCUAUUGGCUUGAAAAGGUAAAUUAUGAAGCUAUUAAAAUACCCAAGUGGUCUUCUCUUUCAGAGAUGCAUCCUGUAGACUAUUACUCAUCAUACACCAAGAAUUGCACAGGAGAGUUUACAAAGGAAGAAGUCAGAAAUAUUAGAGCAUUUUAUUAUGCUAUGUGUGCAGAGACAGAUGCCAUGCUGGGAGAGAUUAUUUCAGCUCUGCGAGAUACUGGGCUUCUUGGAAAAACAAUUGUUAUAUUCACUGCAGAUCAUGGAGAACUUGCUAUGGAACACCGUCAGUUUUAUAAAAUGAGCAUGUAUGAAGGAAGUUCCCACAUUCCUCUUUUAGUUAUGGGACCAGGUUUAAGAGAACAGCAACAAAUACCAAACGUAGUAUCUCUUGUGGAUAUCUAUCCUACUAUGCUUGAUAUAGCAAGAAUUCCUGUGCCACAGAACCUCAGUGGAUAUUCUCUUAUACCGCUGCUACGUGAAAAGGCUGAGAGUGAGGUGUCACCCAGAGGACCUCGACCCUCGUGGGUGCUGAGUGAGUUCCAUGGGUGCAAUGUGAAUUCCUCUGUGUAUAUGCUGAGAACUGGCAAGUGGAAAUACAUCACGUACUCGGAUGGCUCUUCAGUACUGCCCCAACUCUUUGACCUUACUGCUGAUCCAGAUGAGCUUACAAAUCUUGCCAUAAAAUUCCCAGUAACUGUACAUUCUUUGGACAAAAUACUUCGCUCUGUAGUAAACUAUCCAAAGGUUUCUUCUUCUGUUCAUGAGUACAACAAGCAACAGUUUAUCAGUUGGAAACAAAGUUUGGGUCAAAAUUACUCAAGUGUUAUUGCAAACCUUAGGUGGCAUCAAGACUGGUUAAAGGACCAAAAAAAGUAUGAGAAUGCAAUUGACAAAUGGCUUGACUGUCAAGAGAAGCCCAGUGCAUGGGGACAGGCUUCUUGAAAAUUCAGGAAACUCCAGGAAUGGGCCAGCUCACAGAGCAGAGCUUGUUGUUCAGGAGACCAGGUAAAAUCAUUCUUCUGCUGGGUCACGUA